AUGCCCCCCCUCUUCAACAAAACAUACUUCAUACUUUACCAUGAGUCUAAAGAGCUGAAAGACUUUGAGAUCAUCAACAAGGCGCGCACAAGAAAGCUCCAGAGGUUCAAACUGAAAGUGAGAGAAACAGGUUGCCUUCUCACCAAGGUCAACCAGCCGCCACAGUCAAUGAGCCUCUUCAGACUUGUUGACUCAUCCUGCGGAUCCUGCCUGAAAAGCAUCAAGCGCUGGGUGCCUUUGGACUACAAGCAUGAAAUGGUUCAGCUUUUAAAACUUGCAGGUCCUGUGUUCAUUUCACAGUUGAUGAGCUUCCUGAUCGGCUUAGUCAGCGCGGUGUUCUGCGGUCACCUGGGAAAGACGGAGCUGGCAGGGAUGAUGUUAGCAAUGGCAGUCAUAAAUAUCACAAGUAUUUCCAUCGGCUAUGGUUUGAUAUCAACAUUUGAUACUCUCAUAACCCAGACUUAUGGAAGUGGUAACCUGAAGCGUGUAGGAGUGAUACUCCAAAGAGGAGUUUUGAUCCUCCUCUUAGCCUGUUUCCCCUGCUGGGCUCUCCUUAUUAACACUCAGUCCAUUUUGCUGGCUGUCAAGCAGAGCACGCAGGUUGCAAGACUGUCACAGCUGUAUGUGAAGAUCUUUAUGCCGGCUCUGCCAGCUGCCUUCAUGUACCAUCUGCAGGGGAGGUAUCUUCAGAAUCAGGGCAUCAUGUGGCCCCAGGUGCUAUCCGGAGCCAUAGGAAAUGUUUUAAAUGCUGUUAUCAAUUACAUCCUCCUCAGUGUUCUGGAUCUGGGGAUUGCCGGAUCCGCAGCUGCCAAUGCCAUCUCACAGUACUCCCUGGCUGUGUUUCUGUUUUUAUGCAUCUACAUCAAAGGGCUGCACAUACCUACAUGGGAUGGAUGGUCUGGAGAUUGCCUGCAAGAAUGGGGUUCCUUCCUCCACUUGGCCCUCCCCAGUAUGCUGAUGUACUGUCUGCAGUGGUGGUUGUAUGAGAUUGCAGGGUUCCUGGCUGGUGUCAUCAGUGAAACAGAGUUGGCGGCUCAGUCUGUAGCUUAUGAAGUGUCUACUGUCGUUUUCAUGUUUCCUGUAGGCUUUUCUGCUGCUGCCAGUGUUAGGGUUGGAAAGGCUCUUGGUGGUGGGAACACAGAACAAGCUAAGCUGUCCAGCAAGGUCUCCCUUCUCUGUGCAUUGAUUGUCUCAUGUUUCCUUGGAGCCGGUAUUGGUAUAGCCAAGGAUGUGAUUGGUUACAUAUUUACCACAGAGAGAGACAUUAUACAGAGGGUGGCUAAUAUCAUGAAGAUAUACAGUUUCAUCCAUGUUGCUGAGACUAUUGCGGGUGUGUCAGGAAGCAUUGUCAGGGGGGCAGGGAAGCAGAAGAUUGGUGCGCUGUGCAGCUUGGUGGGAUACUACCUCAUUGGGUUCCCGAUUGGAGUAUCUUUAAUGUUCCCUGUGAAAAUGGGAAUUUUUGGGCUUUGGACUGGGUUUUUAAUUAGUACUUCUUUACAGUCCAUGUUUUUUAUAACUUUCCUGUGUAAACUAAACUGGACGAAAGCCACUGAGGAGGCACUUGUAAGAGCAGGAGUCCAAAUUACAGAGAGGAAUACUAAUGUAGAAGAAAGGCCAGAGCCACUCAAUUCAGAUGAGAGGGCCUUGGGCGCCAUGGCCUUAUCCACCAGGCAGCUGGUGUUACGACGUGGUGCCACUGUGCUGCUAAUGUUCGUCAUCCUUGCUGCUGGAGUUAUCAUCAGCGAGAUUCUCAUCAGACGCCUUGAAAAGUGA